AUGGAUGUUGUAAUAAAUUGGACACAAGCCUUACUCUCCAGUGUUGGCAUAAAGCCUCUACCACCACCACCACCACCAUCAUUCAAAACUCGAGCACCAGCCAUUAGCGCUUCUCAAUCAUUCUACAACCAUUUGCCAAAUCAAUCUCGUGCUUUUCUGCGUAUUGGUGGAAUUUCGGGUGCUCUUGCAAUAUGUUUAGGCGUUUAUGGCGCUCAUGUUAUGAGACAAACCGAAAAUGAAGAUUUAAAACGACUCUUCAAUUUAGCACAAAACUAUCAUUUAUUACAUUCAGUAGCAUUGCUCACAUUACCACUAACAAAACGGCCAUUACUAGUAAAGAAAAAUCGAAAUAAUUUUCAUAUUAAUGAUUUUCUUAUUUGA